UGGCAAGAGGAAAGAAGGGGCGGGAACGAAACAACCGAGCAAGAAAACAGUUUCCCCUUAAACGAUCACGCGUAGCAAAAUCCGAGGGACGGGUUUCCGCCGCCGCCGCUCGCCGUGCCGUCACCGGCUGCUUGCUUUCGCGUCGGCCGCCGACGCGAGCCGCCAAACAGUGCCAUGGCGAAGGCUCCGGGCGGUCCCGUUGGGGACCCGCUCCUGGUUUCCACCUUCGCGCUGAGCGGCACCAAGAAAAGGCUUAUGCUCUACGAGAACGGCAUCAGCGUCGCCGACGUCAGCCGCCAUAGCAAGUCCGAGUACGACGAGUUCAUUCCCCUCUCGAGGGUCGUGACCGCCGAGGCCUGGCCCUGCUGUAGCGGGGGCUGCGGCCAGACGCGCGCCAGCGGCGGCGGGCGACUUCCGGUCAGCGUGAGCGCCAGCGCGGCCUGCCUCGUGACGUCGGCGGCCGACGGCGGGGGCUCGGCAGUGGUGGCGACGACGACGACGACCGGCUACGACGGCGGCGGCCGCGUGUCCCUGGGCGACGCCAUGCUGCGGCUCCAUGUGGCCAAGCCCGUGCACCGGCACUCGUGGUGCCUGCAGACCCUCGUGCUGCGGGGCGUCUCGGGCAGGAGCAGCGACCACGCGCUGGUGCACCAGUGGGCUGACGCGGUCCAGGACAGGCUCAGGGGAUCAGACAGGCCACGAAAGCUGCUUGUGUUUGUCAAUCCUUUCGGUGGUCGGAAACGAGCGCCCAUCAUCUACCAGCGCAAGGUGGCGCCCAUAUUCCAAAUGGCUGGCAUCUCUGUGGAAUUAAUCACAACACGGUAUGCGGGUCAUGCUAAGGAAUGCCUUCUCGAAAUGGACCUUUCUCUCUUUGAUGGCGUCGUAUGUGUUGGCGGCGAUGGCAUGGUCAAUGAAAUUGUCAACGGCGUGCUGCUGAGGGCGCAGCGUGACGCUGGGGUUGAUGCGAAUGACCCAUAUUCACGGCUGCAGCCGGGAACAAUAAAAAUUGGUGUGAUCCCUGCUGGCUCCACGGAUGCGCUGGUUUGCACCACGACGGGAGAAAACAGCCCUGUAACAUCGGCACUUCUUAUAGCAAUGGGGGCUGAAAUAGGUGUUGAUGUUGCGAGUAUCCACAGCGGUGAACGCCUGGUGCGUUACUCCUCGGGAUUCCUUUCUUACGGCUUCUUUGGAGACAACAUCAAGGCCAGUGAGAAAUUUCGCUGGAUGGGACCAUUGCGCUAUAACUGGACUGGCUGGCAGACCUUUCUGAAGCACCACGUCUAUGAAGGGGAACUGAAGCUGCUCGUACAGCCAGAGACGACUGAUGCCAAUUACGACCCUGCGGGAACUGACCGAUGUAGAGCAGGAUGCGAAGUAUGCCAUACAGCACCUGGUGACAUCCCACUCCAAGUUCUCAAUACUUCUGACGUCAACGUUGAAAAUAAGCCCUACUGGUUAGGUAUCCAGGGCCACUUCCUGUCCGUGAGCUGUGCUCUCAUGGCCAACCGGUGUGCGCGGAGCACAGCAGGCGUGGCUCCCACAGCACAUCUUGGCAAUGGUCUCAUGGAUGUCGUCCUGGUCUCGCAGUGCUCACGGCGUAAUUUUCUCAGGUUUCUGGUCGCCCUGGCCAAUUCUGAAACGUGUAGCCCCUUCAAGUUUCCCUUUGUGCACUGCUUCCGAACAAGUUGCUUCGAGUUUGUGCCCAAAACGCCGGACUCUAGCGACGACGGCACAGUCAAGCACACUGGCUCUUGGCAGUGUGAUGGGGAACUGCUCCCAGAAACUUCGCUGCUCGUUAGGUCUCAUCGUCAGUUGCUCAAGCUGUACGCACAUGGCAUCGAAGAGCGAGAUGAACACCAAUCAGAUCGCUGCUUCUGCUCCUGCCAGUAACGAGAGAAGAUGGAAGUAGCGUGUUACAACUACGGCAGCUCUCCUACGCCGUUUCUCUGUCUGUGACCCCACUUUUGUGUCUUUCAUUCUGCCUGUUUCCGACAAAGCGCUGUCUCGUUUCAUGGGUCCCUCCUUUGCGUUGCCUCUGUCCGGGUGCUUAUGUAUCCACAUCUGUGUGUUGAAGCCAUUGCUGGGUCCACAUUCACGCAUCAAAACUGUUGGCGCAUGAAUGAACGCCAAAUGGCGACUUGCCAUGUUCCUGUGACCCCAUCCAAGGCGAAAUUUCAAUCCCUGCAACACACCUGCCUAUUUUGCAACAGGGGAGCUGUGCUUUCCCUUGGAACAAGGCACUUUCACUUUGUAGAAAUAUUUUUGGGUAAGAGUGUGUAGGUUCCGUUUUAGAAUUGCCAGUUACCAACUGUUGGGCAGCAAGUCUACGAGACAUCAUUUUGUUUGACUGGAUCACUUCUUUGUGAAGAGCCAUAAUUUGAAUGUUAACUUCUGUUUUAGCUGCUUUUGUUGUAAUGUUAUAGGAACAAUAUAUGGUGGUCAUAAACUGGCCUUAUUGCUUUAGUAACACAGACUUCAUCAUCCUGAUUAGAAUUGAAUAGAUAGAGCCACUUAGCUGUCAAACAGGAGAAAAUAGUUGAAAUUAGGCAUACUAGUGCCCUUGCAUUUUACGGGCAUCAAGCAUAGUCUCCGCAGUUUUAAUGGUAUGUCAGAGACGUACUAUAGUGGUUUAUGACACACGAUGUGUCGCUGUAAUGUGCCCCUGUUGUAGGAGAUGGCAUGUGUUGUGUGAACACUUGACAGAUUGUUUUCUCAAGAGAUCUCCAAGCAACCAGCAUGCUGAAUGUGUGGCUCCUUUUCAUCAAGACAUUCCACAGCGCAUUCUUAUCAGUCGUCGAUGAGAGUGGGACAAAAGAAACACUCAGACAAGAGGUACAAAAUGUGGUUGCUCCGAGCGAUGUCGUGAGGCGUUGAUUUUAGCCCUCGGGCAUAUUGAGCUUGUUCUUGUUACCCCAGACAUCAUUUCCAUAACACUGGCGUGUUAUCACUAGAUUUUUCUUAAAUGACCAUUAUAAACAUGCAGUGUCUUCAAUAGGCAGUGUAUGAGUUUCCUUGAGAUUAUAUGACCAGCAGAAGAUGUUUGGCUUGUUUCUCUAGUUUGUUGCUUAAGUGCAUUGAACGUCAGUUAUGUAGCAAGCUUGCAAAGCACGGAUGAGGGGUUGUUUCCGAUUAGGUAAUUGUGACUAGGUGCAGCCUACAUCUAAGCAAGUACUCAUGUGGAGGUGUGUGGUUUGACCUGUACUCUUUCUGCAGAUAUACUACGUUGCCAUAGACAUUUUCCAGUUAUUAUGGAAAUGAAAGAUGUGUAAUGUUUUUCAUUGUACGGCAGCUUUUUCUUGCUUUGCCUAGUCCCAAUAAAUCAGUCGCACAAAAUUAGUUUUUUUUUUUUUGACUGGGUUACUGAGGUAAUGGUAUGCAAAUGGCACACAGUGGCUUGUAGCCAUCAGAGACUGUGAUAACUAUGCUUUCCUUGACAAGAGAUGCUACAUGUGAUAAUCCUUUUUUUUUGGUGUAUCCACAAGACAGCAUGUUUUCUACAGUAUGCGAUGGUUUGUCAUUACAGGCCACCAGAUCACGUCUUGUGUUGUGUCAGUAUCAGUUGUCACUGUUCUGUAAACGUUUUAAGAAAGGAAUGCAACAUUCACUGUGCCCGAGUAGUUGUUGAGCAGCCACAUCUUGUUGGUGUUAUGAAUGUAGAAAUCGUGAUGUUGCCAUGUUUGCCUUUUUGUACAGACGCGUAUAUUUUGGUUUAUGUUGCUACUGAGCCACUCGCAUGAGAGGCUGGGGCAUAUGCAGUUGCACCUGUGAGAAGAUAUGCAACUGUGCAAUAAAGAUAUACAAAUCCA